AGUAAAAGAAUAUCGGCUAUCAUAAUUUUUUACAAUUGAGUUUUGGCUAUACUACAAGUUUCGAAUAUCUGUAAUUUGAAAUUUCUCAAAAUUUGGAACAUGCCCGCAAUACUAAUUUGUUAAAGUAAUAAUCUCAUUAAUAACAAAAAUCUUUGGAGUUUAAACAAGAUAUUGGGAAUAUAACUCAAAAUUUGACGGUUUGCUUCCCUUUAAUGGUUUAAUUUACAACAAAAGCCGACAACCGCAGUUCAGUUGUGGACAGUUCAGAAGUGGACAAGAUCGCUCCUCACAUACUGGUAUACAGCAGUACUCCGCGGCUUAUUUGUGGUGUUCUACUAAAUUCAUUUUGCUCGUCUUCAUGUACUUACUUUGAGUAAUAUUAUCGAUUAAAUAUUACGGAACUUAUUUGUUAAAAUGGAAACAAGUGAAUACACAAGCUAUUCCGAGACAUCGGUGACAACAAUUUCCCACAAAGCUCGUUUAGAUAAAUUGGUCAAAGUACUGGACGUUAUAGCGGUGCUUAAAAGCGAGUUUUUGGUAUCCAAAGUUAGAUGGACGUUGUUUUGUGCAGCAGUGUUUAGUGUACGUUACUCUUUAAACUUGAAGCCUUUACCACCGUAUUACAAAUUACCAUGUGGUAAAUAUAAUAUAAAAGAGCUUCGCAAAUUAGUCAGAGCCUAUUAUCGACUCGAGGAUAUCUGUGACUAUUUGUUUAAAAAUUGCGUCAAUACCAUACCAGCCAACAUUAUCAAUUUGUUAUAUUGGGUUUUCGUCGUAAACUGUGAUCAGCGUUUACGUUGCAUUGACACAAAAAAAUUUUUAAACGCAAUUCAUGAAAUGAAAAACGAUAUAGGUAAUCCACAAUACGUAAUCGAAAUAGAGGAUUUAAAAUUCAGUAAUAAAUACCGAUGGUGUGAGUCAAGAUUUGGAACCUUACAAUUUGAUAGUACAAAACUUUAUUCACUUAUACAGCGGAAUCCAGACCAAACUUGGCGACCUAGUAAUUUUCUUGUGUUGAGAAAUAAUUUAGUGCCUAACCUAGAUAUAACUGAUCCAAUGUUGGUGAGAUGUGGAUUGGCAAGAAGAGUAACGGCACUCAUAGAAUAUAAAAAUCACAGCAAAUACGUCAGUCACAUAGAUGGUUUCGAACCAAAUGAUAAAUUUACAAUUAUAUAUAAUGAUAAACUAGCGAAAAUAAAAUACUUAUUAUUUUAUGGAGAUAUGAUCGCUGAGUCAAAAAAAUCAUUUCUAAAAUCUUUGAAACCAUUCUUGAAGAAAAUGAUCAUAUUCAUAGGAGGAGGAACAUAUAUUUAUUCCCAAAUAUGUGUUAUAACCAAGACACCAAAUGCAUUACUUCCAGUAUCUGUUGUUAAUGCCUAUAUAAAAUUUUUGAAAUCAUUUUAAAAUGGUUCAUCAAAUUCCACCGUCAGUGAACGCCAACUGCUGAGAGAUAAAUAUUGAGACCAAAUCUAAUAAAUGGAAUAAAUUUAAAAUUCUAACUAACUACGAUCUUACGAUUUUCAAACUGGCGGCGGCUUUUGUAAAAAAUCUUCCACCAAAAAACGAAUAUGUUAAAGAUUUAAAUUAAUUAUGAGAUGCAUGACACGUUUAACGUUAAAGACUCUAAAGAAUUCGAGAUAUUACAGAACAACUACUAGACAUUUUUUCUUGACAAAAGGAUUUUGCCAAGUUUUUUUUAUAUAUUUAGUGUAAAAUAUCAAGCCGAUAUUCAAAAUUAAAAAAUAUUAA